AUGCAGAAUAAUACCAAAAUUUUCAAAGACAGUUCUAUCUUGCCUAUUAUUUAUGAGGCAAAUUUUACUAUCGCAUUAGAAAUUACCGAGGAAUUUGAGAGUUGGUUGCAUGAACAUCUAAAUGAAACGUUGAACAGUAAACCUGGUUUCCGUGAUGCGGAGGUAUUUCAACGUGAUCCUCAAAAUGACGAAGGUGAUCCUGGGGUCAAACAUCCAGAUAGGGUUCACAAAUAUUUUACCGUGUUUUUUGAAGUAGAUAAUAAAGAAAGUAUUGAGAAAUACUUGAGAGAAGAGGCACCAAAAAUUCAAGAAGCUUUACAACAAAAGUUUAAUCAGAAAGACGCAUUGGUUGUUUCUUCACGACGUAUUCUUUACCCAGUCUCCCUUUGGGCAAAGAGACAAAGCUACGAAAAGAAAUAA